AUAUUUGUGUUUUAUUCCUAGGGUCCUUAUCCUUUAGAACAUGAGGUAGAUCCUGACCUGAUUAAUGCAGGUAAAGAGACAGUGACUGUUCUUCCAGGUGCCUCCUAUUUCUCUAGUGAUGAAUCAUUUGCAAUGAUUAGAGGAGGCCAUAUUGAUUUGACAAUGCUUGGAGCAAUGCAAGUUUCCAAGUAUGGUGAUCUAGCCAACUGGAUGAUUCCUGGUAAGAUGGUGAAAGGAAUGGGUGGUGCCAUGGACUUAGUAUCAAGUUCACAAACCAAAGUGGUCGUGACCAUGGAGCACUCAGCCAAGGGCAACACCCACAAGAUUUUGGAAAAAUGCAAUUUGCCACUUACUGGGAAACAAUGUGUAGACCGUAUAAUUACAGAGAAGGCAGUGUUUGAUGUGGACAAGAAAAAGGGACUGACCCUGAUUGAAAUCUGGGAAGGAUUGUCUGUGGAUGACAUCAAGAAAAGCACUGGCUGUGACUUUGCUGUUUCAUCAAAUCUCAUACCAAUGAAACAGAUUUCAACUGAAUCAUAGCCUGGGCUUGACUUGCCAGAGACCCUGUUUCCAAAUGGGAGUUUGAUGAAAGGAAAUCAACGUCUGUUUUGCAAUUAUAGUUUUUUUUAAAAGGGCUUUGUAAGUAGUUUCUAUGUAGUCACACUCCAGCCAUGAAUAACUGUGUAAAUGGCAUUUUUACGCACAUAACAUUACCAGUUUUGUUAAAAAGGGUGAAUUGAAUGCCUAAAUAUUUAAUAACAACAUUGUACAAUUUGAUUGUUAAUAAGCAUUGGCUCAAAAAUGCCUUGUAGAAGUGAUCAUACUGCCAGAGGUUGCAAUGUAAAACAAGCAUGGCACUACCUGUGUGCACAGAUGACCAUGCAAACUUGUAACUGCCUGUGCUAAAGUCACAUAAGCAAAUCAAUCAUCUGGAGUGGAAAUAUUGCAAUUAUCAUGGUGAUUCUGACUCAUGGUGAGGGAUUUGUUGGCUUUCAUUGGGGAAUGAUUGUUGUGUUUAUAGUGAACUGCAAAGGUACGUCUGGCAUAGGGACUUCUAUUUCCAUUUGUGGAAAACUUGGGACCUUUUAAAAAUAAGUCAGUGGCAAACUCCCACUAAGAAUAGUGGGAGCAACCCUGGGCCUUCACUUCUGAAUGUAUCUACAGGUCCUGUGGUGUUUAUGUACCAUUACUAACAAGGCUAGGGUACACCUUCCAGAGUAUGACCCUGGUGUAUGCAGUUGGUGAAACUCAUAAAUGUACAGUCCAGAAAGAGUCUAAUUUGCAUGGAAAAUAAGUCUCCUUCUUUAGACAAGUGAUAACCCUACAGUUUCCUUAUAGAAAACACUCAGUCUUUCCCAAUAACCCUUCUCAUCCAAGCCAUCAUUAGAAAGGAGCUGAAUGAUGCUGCAGUAGGACAUAGGCUUAUGCCUAUGAGGUCACAGAAAGAAGGGUGGGUGGGGAGGAAGGGCAAAAGCCAAGUUUUCACAUGAAGCGUUUAGGGAAGAGUCAGGGAUAUGAGUCCUUUCCCUAAACUGUUCAAGUUUCCUGUAAGGAAAGAGUUAAAACAAUAAGUUCUUGGCUCUUGCUGAUUCAGGGAGCAGAAAAGUAUUUGGGACCCAAACUCCUAAUAACUAAAAUGAACAUGCAACAGCUACAGGACAAUCAAAAUUAAAUAACCUUGCACCUUCCUGUUUGACAGGGCUCUUCUUUUUCCAUUAAAUUUACAGAGAACUGCUAUUUUGUUACUAAGCAGUAUAACUAUGAUAGCAUGGGAUGUGAUUUACAAGUUAUUAGAGUCAUUAAAUAAGCCCCCAAUUAACUGAAAAUUCACAUUAACCAAAGCAUAGUUGGAUCCAGUCAUGUGGAUCCAGUCAUAGUUGGAUCCUAUCAUGUGUUUGAGAUCAGCAUUAAGAGGAAAUUGCAUGAAAAGAAACAAUGCUAAGAAAAUACUUACACAACUCCAGAGCAGAGAAACAUUUUGACUCUACAUUGAUGAGGAGUCUCUCACUUAAAAAACUGUUCAUAUUCAUACUGUGGGAGGACCAUGGUAUGUUGAGAAUACAGAGCCAUAAAUGCAACUUCUUGUCUUCUAGUUCUUCUGUGGCCCUGGGCAAAUACUUAUCUUCUUUCUCUCAUUUCUCUGAUUUUAAAAUAAGAAAGGACCUUCUUUCCCAGUGUUUUUGCAAAAUUAGGCUUGAUCUAUAUAGUUUGGGUCCCUGUAUAACUAUUUUGAUUAGAGCUGUGAUUUUUUUUUUUUAAUUGAAAUAAUGGUACAAUCUCUGGUCAGUUUUCCCAGUAUAAAGGUGCUAUCUAAGAGAAUAGCUUAUUCUUCUUCCCAUAAAGGAAUAUAAGCACCAUUAUCCAGGUAUAACUACACCUAUGCUAAAGGAGUUGCCCCAUGUUACCUAUACUAGUAUACAGCUUUCAUGUAUCAAGAAGUCCUAAAGGUUGACAUUUGAGGAAGAAAAAUACUCUGCAACUGGUAUGUCAAGGUAAAUACAAAACUAAUUUUGUCUGGUAUUUAAUUUUGUUUGUGAGGCACUGGACAGAGCACUUCAGGAUAACUACAAGUAAGAAUCCUGCUUUGUGUUUUCCAAACAGCUCUAGUUUUCAUCUGGCUUCUAAGUUUGGGUAGGUCCUCUGUGUUAACAGCUCUCAAACAAGGUUUUGAUUAAUAGCGUGACCAUUUAAUACUGAUGUGAGGAAAAACUAAGAAUUGGACUGACAGUGUUACUCCCAGCUAGAAUUCUGUGGGAUUGUUCAGCAUGGGGUCUGUUAUAGCAGAGACUUACGUGCAGUAGGUUGGCAUAAAACAGUUCUGAGCUAAGAUUUUAAGACAGAUUUAACCCGCAAAGACCCUUCACUAGACUCAGUGAAGUAAAAAGGGUGGCUAUCAUUAUCUCCAUAGCAGAAGAUUGGUGGGUUGAUUGGUUAAGAGAGACUUCUCAGGAAUGGACGGGGUCAUAAGUGGGUUCCCACUAGUCGUUAUUCACAUAUUUACUAGAGGACUGUCAUAGCAGAUGCUAUUUUUCAAGGGGGAAUAUAUAAAAUGUUAUGCAAGGGGUGGGGGUUGGGGGGGGGACUUUGUACCUAAAUUGUUUAGGAAGAAAAGUAUUUAAAUAAUGAAGAGAAUCUUGAAGAAAAUCUAGAAAAUUAAAUGCUGGGCUAUUGUAAUUUACCACAUUACAGUAAGGUCAGUGCCAGUCAGUUUGGUGCAGGGUGCCUAAAAUGUUGCAUAUAAACACCACCGUAUGGCUUGCCACAAUAAGUGCCAGAGAGCAGUAGCAAGUGCAUAUUAUUUCACUCCCUAAACUCCUGACUAGAAUUAUGUCUCCUUGAGAGAUGAUCCCAGGCCAUAAUUAAUUUAAUUAUCAUUAAAAAUGAUGUUAUAAAGAGAGGAACUAUAUAACAGAAACUUGGAGUUCAGUAUAUCAAAUUCCUAAGCAAAGGACUUGGAGGGAACCAGUCACUCUUGAAUUCUAAUCUUAGUUUUCCCAGUUCUCUACUUGUAGCCUUGGGACAAGGCACUCUCUGCCUCAGUUUUCCUAACUGUGGAAGGAGAUAUUUCACUUGUACUGUGUACAGCAAAUUGCAUUUGGGACGCAUCUGCACUUGCUCAAGACUAUGAAAGGGUCUUUAGCACUGGAGUGCCCAUGCUGAACACAAUGGCCCUGAGUCUCCUUAUGUUUUUAUCAUUGUCAUUCAAGAGUGUUGAAGCCAAUGGAGUUGCAUUGGUGAAUGGGGAGGAGAGUGGAACCAGGUUUCUCAGUGUGGUACAGAUAUCUGGCUGCUUUACUAUCAAUUUGUCUUGGUAACAUCAUAUCACAGUACAGUAUUGAUAUUCUUAGCAAAAUAUCAAGUGACCCAGGGAGCUAACUGUAUUAAUGUUUUUUUUGGCAAGACUUGUAUUAUCAUGAUGAAUACAAACUUAUGAACUGGAUUUUACUAGCAAGCAAAGCCAUUCGUAUUCGAUGUGCCUCUGGCAAAUGAGGUGGUAGCUGUGAUCAAAGCUUUCACAGGGACGAGAAACUGGCUCCCCUUUCUCUCCUCCCUGGCAAUAAGGUCUGAAAAUGCAAGUAAGGUCUAAUGGUAUAUCAGUGAGAUCAUUAUCUGCCUGGCCUCACUUCACAAGACAGAACUUAUGCCCUUGAAUUGAAGAAGGUACCAUUUCUGCUGUUUUCCCUUCUUAACUUAUUUCUCUUUAUUUUGUUUGAUGCCAAACAUGAUCAAGUGUCCCUGAAAAAGUAGAAAGAGAAAAGGUAAUAUAAAUGGCUAUUGUACUGUAAACUGUGUCAAAGUGCUUUCUAUGUACUUGCAAAACAAUCAAUAACAAAUAAAGAUGUAAAAGAAUA